UUCCAUUCUUUUGCUUUCUCUUGCAGGAUACGGUGGUGGCUCUCCAGGCCCUCUCCCAAUACCAGACACUUACUUAUUCCAAGGAUGGCAUCUAUGCCAGAGUGACCUUGAGUUCAGGAGAUGCUGUCCUGACAAAUUUCCAUGUGGACAGCAAAAACUCUCUGCUGCUCCAGUGCCAGGAUCUGCCCCAAGUGCCAGGGAACUACAAGGCUGAGGUGACCGGUUGCAUCUUUAUGCAGACUGCCUUGAAAUACAAUGUCCCUUUGGAGCAAGAAGAUGCACCAUUUAGGCUGGAUGUGCACACCGUUCCUGAGACUUGCACAGGAAACAAAGCUCAUGUCACUUUUGACAUUGCCAUGAAUGUCAGUUAUACUGGCCAACGUCUAGUUUCCAAUAUGGUAAUUGUCCAGAUUAAGAUGCUGUCCGGAUACAUCCCGGUGAAAUCCAGUGUAAAAAAGCUGGAAAAGCUAGGUCAGAUCCAGAAGACUGAAGUGAACAUCAAUCAUGUCCUGCUAUACUUGAAUGAGGUGAGUAAGGAUAAGGAGAGGAGCCCAAACAGGGGACAUGAUCAUUCAAUCAAGGGGAUAAAAUCCAGGGCAGGACCCCUUCUUUUCUCCUUGUCCUUAUUUUUCUUGAAAGCAAGGAGUUACAAGCUUAUUUAGGGGCUGACUUUUUUUCAAGUAGCCAACACAAUGUGCCACUCUUCUUACUUCUGGCCAAUGAAUAUUAUCUAGUCUCUACACAAAGAUGUACACUCUGGGGCAGGUAUAUUUUCCUAUGUCAAUGUUCGUCAACCUUGGUGACUUCAAGUUGUAUGGACUUCAAACCCCACAAUUUCUCAGCCAGUAAGGUUGACAAACUCUGUUUUAUGUGAACCUACGGCAUCUCUCUCAUGCGUCAUGAUGGUGUUUAGUUCACU